AUGCGGUCAUCUGAGGAGUCUGAUCUCGAAGUGCUGGACACUGCAAGUCUGGAGGAGUAUCUGAAGAAGUUGACCCAUACAUUUGAGCAUCCCAGUACUAUCAUAGACACACAAGACAAUGAAAGGAUCCUCCAGCAGUUUAUUCGAAAUCCUCUUUCGUCCUCUCUGUUUGUGGGGGAAAAGGUGAGAAAUUCUGAUCUGGCUCGUCAGUGGUAUAUUUCUGGAAAUCUGUCAGACGUCAGCGAUACUACUUCGUUGGUGGUGAUUAUUAAGGCUAGAGGCCCCAUUCUAGCAGCUACUCCAAUCGAAUCACAACUGCAGAUAGUUGAGUUCCCCAAUACUGCCACGAGACAAGGAAGUUUUGAGGCUUUGAAAUCGCUUGUUAAUCUUGCUGUCGCGCCAUAUUUCAAUGCUUUGGCGGUGAAUACAGGGUCAAACAUUCAGAGAGAGUCCAACUCUUACGGUGUGGCCAAGAGAAAGAUACACGAUUUGGCUGUUUCUUUGGAACAACUGGAACAGUUCAUAAAAGUUCCAGAUUUGUCUUUGACCGUUCACCCUAAAAUCCGCGAAUAUAUGGACUACGAAGAACACAAGGAGAACGUUGAUGAGAAUGAGUUACUUGGUGAUUCCUCCUUUCUGAACGACUUACAGUCGAUUGUGAAUGACUGGGUGAAAUCUGUUCAACUGGUCUCGAGAAUGAACCACGACCCUUUGGAUGGCAGUGUUGAAGAUGAGAUCAACUUCUGGUCGGAAAAGGAGUCUGCACUCCUGGCCGUUCAAUCUCAGUUGAGUAGUCCUGCUGUGCUUACCACUCUGGAUCUUCUAAGAAAAGCGAAACGGUUUCACGCAACGGUCAGCUUUGUAUCUGAUACUGGUGUUCAAGAUGCCUUAUCUAUUGCUGGAAGAUACAAUCAGCUGCUGAUAGAUCUACCUAUACAGCAGUUCAGUUCGAGUGCGACCAUUGAAUCUUUGAGGGAUGCUGUUUCUCAGGUAUUCGCGCACAUGAAGAGACUGAGGGUGAUUGAGUACCCUGUGGAUCUUGCUGUUCGUUUGGUAGAGAGCUUCACUGGUGAUAUUUCUUUCAAGCUUCGCGAAAUUCUAUCAAAGGACUCCAUUUUGAAGAUGGACUAUCAGGUUUUCACUCCGUAUUCGCGAAAACUACAAGCCUUUUUUCUGGAGAUAGAUGAUUGGAUAAAAGAAUUCACGCAGCUCUGUCGGGAGCUGAUCCGGAAGAGGUCGGAAAAGUAUGUCUCGUUGAGAAUUAGUUCUCGGGUCGUUGAGGUUCAAGAGUUAGCAAAGUCCGUGAUAAAUUUCAGAGCCGAACACCAAAAGAGUCUUGAGCUGAUGCAAAGGGCAUCUCUAGAGCUAGGCCACGAAGAUGUGAAUAUCGAACGAGAGAUCACCAAAAUUUAUGUCGAAAUGCAAGAGCAGGAUCCUUUUGGAAAGACGUCGCACUCCGAGUGGGAAAAUUCCCUCUCGCUAUACUCCGAAAAGAUUGAAUCUUUGGAAAAAAUACUGAUUCUUGGGAUCAAAGGUCUACUUUCGCGCGCAAGAUCUUCCCAAGAGAUGUUUUCUGUGUUCCAAAAAUGUGAGUUCCUCCUGGAGAAACUCUCCAUCAGACAUGCUCUACAGGAGUAUCAGUUUCAGCUGCUAUCGAUUUUGAAGCAGGAAGUUGAUACCUUGAGGAGAUCGUCCAUUGAGAACAAGGAAUCACAGCUGCUCCUAUUACAGCGGGAGGUGCCUGAAGCGGUAAAGCAGAUAUUGGUGGCCAGCCAGGUUGAAAACCAUUGUGAUGAGCUUCAAAGCAGACUCUCUCUUGUUCUCGGCCCACAAUGGGAAAGCUAUCCAGAUGGAAGGAAGGUUGUUGCAGAUCUUGAGAUAUUGCGUGGUCACUUCAACUCAAAGUCGCAGUUUCAGAAAUGGUGCAGCGAGCGAACACCAACUGCUUCUGAUCUAUCACUGGCCGAGGAUUUCAUUCUUCACAUCAAAAAGGUCGACUCGUCAUUUGAGCUUUACUGCCCAUUUGAUCGCAAAUUUUUAUUCCUGAUAGACGAGAUUAGAGCUCUAAGAGCCCUGGGCUUUACCAUUCCUACAAGGAUCUCGAGUAUUGCUGCAGAUACAAAACUGAUCUAUCCUUAUCAUGUCAGUGUUCUGGAAUCUCUGGAACUCUUCAAAUCCGUUACUAGUGACUGCUUAAUUUUGGGUGAUCUCACUGUGUUACUGAGCCAUUCAGUUGAUGGCAUCUACUCCACGAUUCAGGUUCUGUCUGAAGGUAAAUGGAACCACAUAGGGCGAGCAGUCGAGCUACAAUCACACUCAGAACUAAAGAUGCUAGAGGAGCUUCGAACUCUAAAGGCCUUGGAUGAUUUUCCUGUCCAAAUCCGUGACCAUUUAUUGAAAAUGGAGAAACUAACGCUAGUGGCAGACCGCGUCUCAUCUUUGCAUUCCCAGAUUUCUCAGUUGAACUCUUUCACUAGCCAGACUUUGAAGGCUAUCCUCUCGACACUGCAGGAUGAGAUAAACGAGUUAUACUUUGAGGGGUUCGCAAAUAUAGAUGAGUAUGUUGGUGUUGCAAACGAGCGCUUGAAGGAAAGUUUGAUUAGUCUCUCCAAUAACACCUUAAGGGCCUCCAUUUCCGCUUUGGAAACGGGCUCUGGCUCAGACUGGAUGCAGACCUUCACUCAUUGGUUCUCCAUUGAUGGUCAGAAGAUGACAUGUUCGCCUCCACUCGAGUACACAAAAGCUCACUGGAGCUCCCAUAUCCAGCAAACAUUAGAGAUCAUUUUGGAGCAGCCAAUGCUGAGUACCCCGGGCGGACAAGACGAAGGCACCAAGCGUCUUUUCGGUAUUCAAUCGCUGUUUCCUGCAGUGCAUGAAGUGCUGAGCCAAUUGCAUGAUACUCUUGAGGCUUACUACUUGCUCGUAAAUGACUACUGGAACUCAUGGUUACGGCUUCAAACACUUUGGGAGUAUUCUAUCGAAGAAAUCCUCGAGAACCUGGCUGAUGAUAUAUCUGCAUGGGUGGAUGCUCUAGUGGAACUCAAGAACCUCAAGCUACUCUUUGAAGGCGACGGACAUGUGACUUUUGGCGCAAUCAAAGUGGACAUCUCUCUUCUAAAAGAAAACGCUGAGAGUAAGCACAGCUCCCUCACCAAAGCGUUGGCCUCUAGAUUUGCAGAAGUCGUGGGUUUUCAUGUUUCGAAAACUGGUUCAUUUUUGACCUCCAUUCAGGCAGAACUUGAUGCCUCAACCAUGGAUAUAUCCUCUGCCAAUUCCAUCAUUGCACUGAUUGUGGUAUUAAAAAAGUUUUCUUCACAAGAGAGCAGUCUGAAGUCUACCCUUGAUAACAUACUAAGAGGGGACUCUUUGCUGCGUUCGUAUAAUUUCAGGAUUAGCUGGUCUUCGUCUGAUUUGGUUGAAUCUCAGUUCGAGGCCGUGGUGGCCGCAGUGAAAGCAAAAAGAAGUCUUCUGGUUGAGAACUCCAAUGAAGUCUCCACGAAAAUCAAACUGGAGUACGAUCGUGUUAUCAAUGAAAUUGAUGCUGUCGAAGGGAAUUGGCUCAAGCAGAAGGCUUCACAUGUGGAUGUCCCAUCAUCAGAUGCUUUGUCAGGCUUGGCCACGUUUGAAAAAGCCCUAAUAUCUCUGCUUGGUCGCAUGGACUCUGUUUGUAUGGCUUGUGAGUUCAUGAACCUUCAAUUCAGUUUCACGGACUCAAUACCAAACAUUUUGAGAGAACUACAAGAUUUGCGGGCUGUUUGGUCGUCGUUAGAUAGUCUGACUGUCAUUAUCGAUGAUUGCGGCAAGUUACUUUGGAACCAGAUUGAUCACACCUUGCUGGAAUCCAAGUUCAACGAUGCUGUCAAUCUGGCAGACUCGAUGCCGAUCAGGGUUAAGCGUCAUCCUGCUUUCCAAACCAUCAAAAGUUCAAUUCAAAGCUACCAAAAAACUAUUAACUUGGUGUUGACUCUGGCUUCUGAGUCAUUCAAAGAACGCCAUUGGCGGAUACUGUAUCAAAAGUUGCAUGUACAAUAUUUAUCUCCUCAUACUCGAACCCUCGAAGAUGUUUGGAAACUCAACUUGGCUGAUAAUGCCCAGGUAAUUCAGCUGGUUGUUGAUCAGGCUCAUGGGGAGGCCACAGUGGAGAAGUCUCUUGCUGAGGUUAACGAAAAAUGGACCAAUGUCGGCUUUGAGUUCUUUGAGUUCGAUUCUGGAGUCAAGCUCGUGAAAGGCUGGGAGGACCUCUUCGAUCUUUGCUCGAAUGAUCUGAGUCUGUUAGAGUCUAUGAGAACAUCUCAAUUCUAUGACCUAUUUGAGCAACAGGCAACGGUUUGGGAAGAGAAGCUUAAUCGUAUAUUUGCUAUUCUUCACUCCUGGGUGGAUGUGCAGAGGCACUGGAUUCAGCUUCAUGGAGCAUUCUCCAAGAAUAAAGAUAUCAAAGCUUUGCUUCCUAUAGGAGCAAUGCGUUAUCAGAAUCUGGGUGCGGACCUAUUCUCUUUGCUGCAACCAAUAUACACGUCAGGUUUGGUGGUCGACAUCCUCGAAGUGAAAGACAUUGAGCAGAAGCUCGAAGCACUGUUGACCUCCCUGAAAAGCAUUCACCAAAUUCUCAAUGAUUACUUGGAUAGGCAGAGAGAGUCUUGGCCGCGGUUCUACUUCCUCAACAAUGAAGAUCUAUUGGAUAUCGUUGGAAAUGCCAACACUCUAUCGAUCAUUGGACACCAUAUUGCAAAGAUGUUUUCAGGGAUUAGUAAUUUGAUCACUGACGAAACUUUUGACCGAAUCUCUGGUGUCGUAUCUCCCGAGGGUGAGGUGUUGUCCUUGAAGUUACCGAUUUUGUACAAAGAGCGUACGUUAAUCGGAUGGUUAACUGAACUUGAACAAAGUGUGAAGUAUACUCUUUCUUGCUGUCUGGAAGACUCGAUCAACGAGCUGAAUUCAUUGCUGACACAAGAUAAUAAGGGCGAUUCGAUAAGAGUAUGGGUAGACCGUUACCCAUGCCAGGUCCUCAUUCUGACUGUGCAGGUGAUAUUCACUCAGUUCUUGGAGACUGACUCUACUAGCUUGGGAGUUCAUGUCUCUUCCAUGCUUAAUAUCUCAGCAGGUGGAGUGAAGGAUGCUACGACUUUUGUGACUCGCAGAAAGCUCGAGAAUUUGAUAAUUGAAUUAGUUCACUACAACGAUGUUUUGUCAAGAAUGGAGAGAAAGACUGUUUCUCUUGAAUUUGUCCAGCGCUUCUACUAUGACGCGAGUGUGAAAGAUAUCCCCGACAGAUUGACAGUGACGCUCGGAACAGCCACAUUGAAUUAUGGAUUCGAAUACUGGGGACUCCCUCUGCGCUUAGUAUAUACCCCUCUUAUGGAGAAGUCUUUCUUAGCCAUGACUGAAGCACUCGAUGAAAAGAAGGGUGGCUCGUUGGUUGGUCCAGCUGGUUCAGGCAAAACUGAGUCUGUCAAAGCUCUGGGUCAGAACUUGGGAAGGAUGGUAUUGGUAUUUUGCUGCGAUGAAUCAUUUGAUCACGUCGCCAUGAGUCGCAUUUUGACCGGUGUUUGCAAGGUUGGAGUCUGGGGAUGCUUCGAUGAAUUCAAUCGUCUGGACGUGAACACGUUGAGUGCAGUCGCUACUCAGAUUGAGCAGAUUGAGAAUGCUCUUUCUUCUGGUAACUCUCGACCAAUAGAACUCAAUGGCGGAGCCAUCUCCGUGGAUCCAAGUUCCGGCUUAUUCAUCACCAGUAACCCAGAUUAUGCCGGGAGAUCAGAACUGCCUGAAAAUCUCAAAGUUCAGUAUCGCACAAUGAUAGUUUCAAAACCUGAUACUGAAGUCAUUGCAGAUGUCCUUCUGCGUUGUCAAGGAUUUUUCCAUUCAUCUAUGCUGGCGCGAAAUCUCCACAAGCUAUUUGUUGAUCUGGCAAGCCAAUGUUCAAAACAGACGCAUUAUGACUUUGGACUAAGAGCUUUGAAAAGUGUUGUGAUGAAUGUUAGGUUUGACUCGCAUGAUAUGGAGCACUCAAGUGUAUACUCGGAAUCACUGGCGGUACUUGAGAGCUUAACGAAUACCGUGUUGCCCAAGCUAAUAUCAGAGGACGUGGGCUUCUUUGUGGAAUCUGUGAAGUCAUUUAAUGCUUCGUAUGAGACUAUCACAUCAUCUACAAAGCUGGUGAACAGCCUUGAAAAUUAUGUCAAAGAAAACCAUCUGAAAGUGACAGAAAAUUGGAUGCGCAAAGCUUCGCAGCUGUAUGAAAUUCAAAAACGCCAUAAAGGAAUCAUUCUGUUUGGUGAGCAAGGAAUAGGAAAGACUGUGUUGUUAUCGUCAGUCAUGGCUGCUUCUGAAAAGUUGACUUGUCGACCACAUAAGAGGUACACUAUUGAUCCCAAAGUGCUCUCCAAGAACUCUCUUUAUGGCUCUUUUGAUCCUGCUACUCGUGAAUGGAAAGACGGCAUAUUCACCAGAAUUCUAAGGGAAACUGUCGUUGAUAACGGAUCCGUCAUAUGUUGGAUUGUUUUUGAUGGUGAUGUGGACCCUGACUGGGUAGAAAGCCUGAACAGUGUACUUGACGAUAAUGGUACUUUAACACUGGCAAACGGAGAAAGAUUGGUGGUUCCACCCGAGCUGAAGAUUUUCUUUGAAGUUGACUCACUGAAAAGUGCAACCCCAGCUACUGUGAGCAGAUGUGGUAUUGUUUGGUUAGGUGAUGUGUUUCCCUCCGUGAAUUACAUCUAUGAGAUGUCUCUUACCAAAAUGAGGCUUGAUGCUCUUGACACUCACACAAGUGGUGUGUUAUCUCAUGAUACCCUCCAGUACGUGCACGAUUGCUAUAAUGGCAGUUGUUGUGAGGUCUUGAAGAGCGAGUCGCUGAACGACAUCUUCUCCAUUGCGCAAAGCGUUCCUCAUGUCAUGGAAUUCGGUGCUGUUGCAAGCGCCAAAAGAUUGUUGACUAUGCUGAGAGCAUAUCGGGAAAGACUGAUUGCAUUUGUUCUCUCUCAUCCUUCCCACUCCGGUAGGGACUUUUCUGCAUAUUCAAAGCGUUCAGCUCUAUUGGCCACAAUUUGGGCUUUUACGGGAGACCUUCCGUCCGAGUCGAAGUCGUCACUCGAGCGCAACAUCCUGAACCAGUCCAUCUUUGCAAGUAUCGGCCCAGAAGAUGGGUCUUUGGCUUCUCAUUAUGACCUGGAGCUUCCAGCUGGGAAUUGGAUAUCAUGGGCAACUAAGGUACCAGAAACGAACUUGGCAGUUCACCAGGUGCUGGACCCAAGCAUCAUCAUUCCAACACCUGAGACUGUGAAGCAUGCAAGCUAUAUUGAUGAUGUUAUCAAGCAGCAUUGCCCACUGAUUCUAUGUGGUCCUCCUGGGUCUGGAAAGACCAUGUUGGUAUUGUCGGCUCUGAGCCACUCUUCAGAUUUUGAUUUUCUUGGUCUUAAUUUCUCAAAGGAUACGACACCUGAUCUCAUUCUGGGUGCUCUGGAACAUCACUGCAGCUAUAAGAGCACUGCACGCGGAUUGGUUCUGUCUCCAAAGCAAUCUGGAAAGUGGAUUGUUAUGUUCUGUGAUGAAAUCAACUUGCCAAGUCUGGACGCCUAUGGUACUCAACAUACGGUUUCGCUCUUAAGGCAAAUCAUUGAGCAUGGAGGCUUCUGGCGUCCUAGUGAUCAGGCAUGGGUUCACCUGAAGAAUGUUCAAUUUGUCGGAGCCUGUAAUCCUCCAACGGACAGUGGGCGUAACCCAUUAAGCCCUAGGUUUCUGAGACAUUUCAGCAUUAUUCUGAUGGACUAUCCGGGAAGAGAGUCUUUAUCUCACAUCUACCGGACAUUUAUCAAAACUACUCUCAAGCUUUCUCCCGGGCUAGUUGCAUUGGCUGGAGAGCUGACCGAAGGUAUGAUUAGGUUUUACGAGGAAUCCAAGCUGAAGUUCUCACCAAUGCAACACUCUCAUUAUGUUUUCAGUCCUCGUGAGCUCACUCGCUGGGUGAGAGGUAUCUUCGAAGCUCUCAAGUCGUCCCAGGACGAGUUAGAUCUUGAGGGUUUGGUUCGACUAUGGGCACAUGAAGCCUUGCGCUUAUUUCAGGACCGUUUGGUAACGCAAUCAGAAAAGGAUUGGUCUUUCGAUACUUUGAAAGGGGUAGUCGGCUCGAUAUUCGACAGCAUUGAUAUUGAAAGGGCAUUAAAACAACCCAUUUUAUUCAGCGAUUGGCUGUCUUUCUCAUACUCUCCAGCAACUCACUCUCAGCUUCGGUCUUUUCUCAGGGCCAAGCUUCGUAUAUUUUGUGAAGAGGAACUUUCUGUCAACUUGAUUCUCUAUGAUGAACUGAUAGAGCAUGUUUUGAGAAUUAACAGGGUUCUGAGACAACCGCAGGGCCAUAUGAUGUUGGUGGGACCCACCGGGAGUGGGAAAACAACCAUCACGAAGUUUGUGGCCUGGAUGAACGGAAUUGAGUUUGCACAUCUUACUCCUUCCAGAGCAUACUCACUUAGUGAUUUUGAUUCCAUGUUGCGGGACCUAAUAAAACGGUGUGGUGUUGAAGGUAGAAAGUCCUGUCUGCUGAUUGACGAUUCAGCAGUCCUUUCUCCUGUGUUCCUGGAGAGACUUAAUACCCUUCUUGCCAACGCUGAGAUUCCUGGUCUCUUUGAAGGUGAAGACCUGGUUCUUUUAAUUGCUAAUUGCAGAGAUAAAGCCAGGUCUUCCGGUGUGUUGUGUGAAAGUGAGGCAGAUGCACAGCAAUGGUUACGAGAAAGAGUGGCUGCGAAUAUACACAUCGUUUUGACUACCAGUGAUCCAGAUGAGAAACACUCUACUCAGUUCAUGUCCUCGCCGGCCCUCUUCAACAGAUUUGUUGUGGAUUGGAUGGGAGAUUGGUCGGAUGUCACUCUUAGAGAGGUUUCUGGAGAGUGUGCCGCAGCUAUUCCCAUAUCCAGUGACGAAAGAGAGCUUUUGGUUGAAGCCUCCGUGGUCAUCCAUCGUACAUCCCAGCUUGUGUCUGGUACUCAAUUUUGUACACCAACAAAGUUCCUGUGUUUCCUGGAGUCAUUCGAAAGAAAUCUCAGGACCAAGGGUCAAAGUAUUACUGAGCAACACCAUCGUGUCAAUUUGGGUCUUGACAAACUGAGGGAGUCUCUGGUGAUGGUCAAAGAACUCAAGAAUGGGCUGUCUGCCAAAAGGAGUGAGCUGCAUGAGAAAGACAGAGAAGCCAGUUAUAUGCUGGAAAAGAUAUUGGCAGAACAAAGCGAAGCUGAGAAGAAACAGGAGGCCUCUCUUGAGCUCCAAGUUGCGUUGAAGGCACAGGAAGAAGAUGUUGCUGCCCAAAAAUAUGUUGUGGAAGAAGAACUGUCCCUUGCAGAGCCAGCUGUUAUUGAGGCUCAAAGCGGUGUAAGAAAUAUCAAGAAACAACAUCUCACCGAGCUACGUGCAAUGUUGAAUCCACCAGAGCCAGUAAAGAUCACACUGGAGUCUGUGUGUAUACUUCUGGGUUAUGGUGUGGAGACCUGGCGGGAUGUCCAGUUGGUUGUGAGAAAGGAUGAUUUUAUUGCCAGCAUUGUGAAUUUCGACAAUGAGGUACAAUUGACACCUGAUAUUCUGUCAUAUAUGGAGGAAGUUUAUCUGUCAAGGCCGGAUUAUAACUACGAGGCCGUGAACAGGGCCAGUAAAGCAUGUGGUCCUCUUCUCGGGUGGGUGGUGGCCCAAAUCAAGUACGCUAGUGUCUUGGAAAGGAUUGGUCCAUUGAGGGAAGAGGUGCAAGCUCUGGAGGUUGAAGCAAACCAUGCGAGGGCAAAGGUUAUUGCUGUUGACGGUAUGAUAUCUGACCUCAAGCAGAGUAUCGAGAGCUAUAAGAACGCAUAUGGAGAUAUUGUUCGUGAGGCCGAGAGAAUCAAGUCUCAGGUCACAGAUGUUGAGGAAAAGGUUAGUCGCAGUUUUGGCCUACUUGAAAGUUUGUCAUCUGAAAGGGCGAGAUGGGCUGCGAGUAUCGAGGUCUUUCGAACUGAGCGUGCGUGUCUGGUGGGAAACUCGCUGUUGAUUGGUGCUUCGUUGGCUUAUUUUGGUGACAAAGACCAGGGCCAGAGAGUAGAUCUUAUGAAAAGGUGGUCGUCUGAACUUUUGAGGUUGAACUCUACUUUCAGUGAAAACAUCUCUCUCUCAAAAUCUUUGGCCAGUUCUUCGGAGAUCCUCAGUUGGAGAAAAGAUGGACUUCAGGAUGAAGAAUUGUUUGUCGAGAACACUAUCAUCAUGAAAACUCUGAAAGAUCGCUUCAAUUUUCUGGUGGACCCCUCUGGGUCUAUGAUAGCAUUCUUGUCAGAAUACGUGAAGCCAAAAAAGCUGAUAGUUACCAGCUUUUUGAAUCGCUCUUUCACGAAACAGCUGGAAAACUCAAUGAGAUUUGGAAGUGCGCUUUUGAUAACGGAUGGUGAAUACUAUGAUCCCAUAAUCAACCGCAUCAUCUCCAGAGAGUUUUUCAACAGAGGCACAAGAACUAUGGUCAAAGUGGGGGAAGCAGAUGUGGAUAUUUCGGCGGAAUUUCAGUUGUACAUUCAUACCAGAGAUUCCACCUAUCCGGUUCCUGCAUUUGUUGCUAGCCGUACAAAUUUCGUGAACUUCAGUUUCUCUUUCGCAUCGAUGGAGAGUCAAGCCUUGAACAUGAUCCUCAGUGCCGAGAGACCUGACAUUGAAAAUCAGAAAGAAGAAAGCGUACGGGUACAAGGCGAAUACAAAGUCAGGCUACAAUCCCUUGAGGAUAAGCUACUUCAAAGUUUGGCCGAAUCUGAUGACCGUGUUCUUGAAAACAGGCAAUUGUGGGAUCUUUUGAGCUCAUUGAAGACAGAAGCUGGGGAUCUCAGCAAAAAGAUCGCACAAACGGCGGACGUUGUUAUGAACAUUACCUCUAUCUCUGAUAUUUAUCGUCCACUUGCCUCUGGCUAUGCCCUUCUGUUUGAGUUACUGACGAAACUCCAGUCAAUAUCUCCAUUCUAUCAAAUUCCCAUAACAUUUUACAACACUGCUUUCAUGGAUGCAUUGGGUUCGAGGUCGCAAUCCUCUGGAAAUCGUGUUCAGGAUUUGCUGGAAAGCUUUGGGAGGGUCUUGUACCAAAGGCUUGGUGCAAGUGUGUUUUACGAGGACCAUAUGUUGGUUGCAAUGAUAUUGCUCUUCACGGCACUGAAGGUGACGGAAGAGCAAGAAGCAAACAUUUUCAUGCGUAUCUUGCAAUCUUUCACAGAAAGAGAGGACAUCCGUUUCACCAAGUUGAAGGACUGGCUGGACAUUGAGUUGGAUGUUUCCAGUGAUGGUUUAACAGGCGAUGUUGAUGAACCAUCUGCAGGCUACGAAACGCUUAAGAGUAAUACUCCACUUGCGCUCUUAAUCAAGGCUGCAGUUCAGAAAAACUCCAGCCCUGGUCUGUUGCGUGUGGCAAUUCAAUCUUUCCCUGGAUUUGACCUUGCAUUUUCCAAUAGCUAUACUCUGGAAAACGUUAUCCAGGAAGACUUACCCUUAUCUAUGCCUCUCCUUAUAUGCUCGCCUGACAAAUACGACGCAAGAAUCAAGCUCAACCAACUUGCAAAGCUGUUGAACAAAUCCCUUGUGUCAACCUCCAUGGGUUCCUCAGAAGGUGAAGCUGAGGCUACGAAGAAUGUUGUCUCCGGUGCAAAGAACGGUCGGUGGGUCCUGAUUCAGAACAUCCAUAUGGCACCAAAUUGGGUAUCUUAUCUGGAGAAAACUCUAGGUAAUCUUCAAUAUUCCCCUGGAUUCAAGCUAUUUUUGACCUGCACUUCCUCUACUGAUCUUCCUCUCUCACUUCUGAAGGCUGCCAGGAUUGUGGCUGUGAAAACUGAGCCUGGUAUCAAGAACUUGUUUGCAACCUCGUUUUUCUCUACAAUCGGAUUUGGUUCUGAUGCUCAGACACCAGAAGUGGCACACAUGUAUCUGUUACUUUGUUGGUUUCACUGUAUUGUUCUGGAACGGCUUAUGUAUCUGCCAGUGGGAUGGUCCAAGGCUUAUGAUUUUGGUGAAAGUGACCUCUUAAGUGCCAAGUUUGUUGUGGACUGUUAUUUGAGAUCAAAUGAAGUUAAUGGCUCUUUGGAUCAUCUUGAAUGGUCUGGCAUUGCUUAUUUGAUUGGAACGAUUGUUUAUGGAGGUAAGAUCGACUCGGCAGAUGAUUUGAAAUCUUUGGAACAACUCGCGCAACACGUAUUCAGCAGAAAUUCAACCAACCAUGGCUUUUCUCUCGUGCAAAACUCGGCUUUGCCUUUGCUUCCAGUGAAAAUGGAUAUAGAAUCAAUCAGGGAGUGGGCUGAAAAUUUGCCGGUGUUGACCCCAGUCUCCUGGCUUGGCAUUCCCGAAUCGGCAGAAGUGGAUGCGAAAUGGGAGGAAAACCGAAUAGUUGCCCAAAAAGCUACUAAAAUAUUGGGACAAUGA